UCACUGUCACUAUCUCACUGGCAGCCUGCUACCAUCUCUCCCUAUACCCCUCCCCUCCCUCCAUCUCUCACUCUUUCACCCCCCCUCUCUCUAUCUCUAUCUCACUCCCUCUCUCACUCUUUCACUCUGUCUCUCUCUCACACACCCUCCCUGAGCUGCGAACUAGACCAGAUAGUCUCUCUCCAGGAUCCAGUUCCACAGCCUCAUUUCUCCACACACCAGCUCUGGGUGACAGCUCAGUAGGGGUGUCUGGGAAAUACAGCUUGCUGUAAGGGACGUCUCAGGGAGUUCUACUGACCAGAUACAGGUCACUUGAGCGACUGGCGUUGCACUGCAUCAGUUUACACAGCCCACUCACCCACAGGGAGGCACCACACGCUCUCUGGCUGUACCCCGUUCCUGUCACUCUCCACACUACUUUUCCAGAGAGCCCGGAGAGCUGAGAAUGGGCAAAUCCGAAAGCCAAAUGGAUAUCAUGGAAAAAUCUACCAAACCAGGGAAGCGUCGUUGGACUGUUGCAGAGACUGGGCUGUCUGUGCUGUUGUUGCUGGUCAGCUGUGCCCUGGCUGGACUGAUAGUCCUCUACACAUCGGCUCUGAGAGAGCGGUCCAAUAGGAGCUCAGUCACUGAGGGGCAGAAGUAUCGUUCUGGCCCCAGCAAUGUUUGCACAACUCCUGAGUGCGUCACAGCAGCCGCUCGUCUCUUGCAGAACAUGGAUGCGACGGUGGAGCCGUGUCAGAACUUCUACCAAUAUGCUUGUGGGGGUUGGCUGGAGCGUCAUGUCAUCCCAGAGACCAGCUCCCGGCACAGUGUCUUCGACAUCCUCAGAGACAGGCUGGAGAUUGUACUCAAAGGAGUUUUUGAGACUGAUAGUGAUCAGGACCGUGACGCCUUCAAGAAGGCCAAAACUCUCUACAGCUCCUGCAUGAAUGAGACUCUCAUAGAGCAGCGCGACUCCCAGCCGCUCAUGCAUCUCAUUGACAGCAUAGGAGACUGGCCUGCUGCCUCGGAGGACUGGAACAGCACUACUGAGGAGGCCUGGAGCCUGGAGGACACUCUAGUGACCCUCAUCUCUCGUUACCACAAGAAGGUCCUGCUGGAUAUGUAUGUGUGGACUGAUGACCGUGACUCCCGGCGCCACAUCAUCUACAUUGACCAGCCAGGACUAGGAAUGCCAUCCAGAGAGUAUUACUUCAAUGAUGGAAACUACAAAAGGGUUCGAGAGGCCUACCUGCAGUUCAUGGUUUCCAUGGUGAGGAUUGCCCGGGAAGACAGGAACUUGACCCAGGAAGAUGAUCGUGUGGUGGAGGAGAUGGUGCAAGUGCUGGAGCUGGAAACAGAUAUCGCAAAUGCCACAUCCCCCGCAGAGGAUCGUCAAGAUGUCACGAUUCUCUACAAAAAGAUGACCCUGACUGAGCUGCAGGAGUCGUUCAAUCUCAACGGUUUUAACUGGACAAGGUUUGUGCGUGGUGUGUUGUCCAGCGUGGCUGUGAAGGUACAGCUGGAAGAGGAGGUGGUGGUCUAUAGCUCCCCUUACCUGGAGAAGAUGAACAAAGUGCUCUCCAAACACACUGUCAGAACCAUGCAGAACUACCUCACCUGGCAGGUUGUCAUGGAGAGAGUCAGCAGCCUUAGUCGCCGCUUCAAAGAUGCCAGGGCACACUAUAAAAAGGCUCUGUAUGGGACGACCAUAGAGGAGGCGCGGUGGAGAGACUGUGUGCGUUACGUCCAGGGCAGCAUGGAGAACGCAGUGGGGGCUCUGUAUGUGCGAGAAACCUUUGCUGGCGAGAGUAAACGCAUGGUUAGUGACCUCAUCAGUAAGAUCCAGGAAGCGUACGUGGAGACGCUAGAGGAGUUGAGCUGGAUGGAUGACCAGUCUAAGGAAAAAGCAAGAGAGAAGGCCAUGGCCAUUAAGGAGCAUAUUGGCUAUCCUGACCACAUUCUGGAAGAGAGCAAUCUGAAGCUUGACCAGGAGUAUGCCCAUCUGAACUUCAGUGAGGAGAACUACUUUGAGAACGUCCUUGAGAACCUGCAGGCUGAAGCACACAAGAGUUUGAAGAAGCUGAGAGAGCCGGUCGACCCGGACAUGUGGAUCAUUGGUGCUGCUGUGGUCAAUGCUUUCUACUCACCAAACAGAAACCAGAUAGUAUUCCCUGCAGGUAUCCUGCAGCCUCCUUUCUUCAGUAAGCAGCAGCUCCAGGCCCUGAACUUUGGAGGAAUAGGGAUGGUCAUUGGACAUGAGAUCACCCAUGGAUUUGAUGACAAUGGCCGUAAUUUUGAUAAGGAUGGUAACAUGCUUAACUGGUGGAGUAAUUAUUCUGCUGAGCACUUCAAGGACCAAUCACAAUGCAUGGUGCAACAAUAUGGCAACUUCAACUGGAAACUCGCAGGCGGACAAAAUGUCAGUGGAAUUAGCACUUUGGGGGAGAACAUCGCUGACAACGGAGGGGUUCGGCAAGCCUAUAAGGCCUACAUGAAGUGGAUGGAGAGAGAAGGUGAAGAGCAUCGUUUACCUGGUCUGGACAUGGACCACAAACAACUUUUCUUUCUUAACUUUGCCCAAGUAUGGUGUGGUGCCUAUCGGCCUGAAUAUGCCAGCCAGUCCAUCAAAACGGACUCCCACAGUCCCCUGGAAUACAGGGUGCUUGGCUCCCUACAGAAUUUUGGAGCAUUCUCAGAGGCAUUCCAGUGCAAACCGGGUACUCCCAUGAACCCUGAGAUAAAAUGUCGGGUGUGGUAGCCAGUUCCUGCCUUCUUCUACUCUUGUUAAUUAUUUCUUGACUGGGGCAACUGAACAAAAGAACAUGCUUAACAACCACAGAGGCAUCCUGCCUUAGAGUAUGUCUGAUAGAUUUACAUGGCAGAAGAUAACAUAGAUAUUUACACAAGUGUUUUAACAGUGUGUAAAUGCAGAAUACAGUUUAUAUAUGGACUGGAUGACUGACCAAACUACACCUUAGUAUCACCACUUGAAGCAGAUUAAAACUACGAUUAGACAGGAAAAACACUUGCAAGGAGUAUGUGCUUAUAUGGCUACUCAGCUUGAAGAUGUUGUCUGUGGGUGAACAGUUUUACUUGUGGUUUUGUUGUAUACACUCUCAGGAAAAAAGUUUCUGGGUAGAACCAAAAAAGGUUUCUAUACUUGCUUCAUAUAUGGCACCCCUGAAGGUUCUAUAUAGAGCCUUUAGGGAUUAUUCUUCAAUGAAACCAAAAUUGGAUCCAUAUAGGGUUCUAAAUGGAACCAAUUUUAGUUCAGUGAAUAAGAAUAAGGGUGCCAUAUAUGAAGCAAGCAUAGAACCCUUAUUGGUUCUAUCCAGAACCUUUUUCUCUAAGAGUGUACAUGUAUAAAUCUGAAGCUCCACUGCGGGUGGUCAGUUGAUACAUGAAUAGUCGGGAAAAUGUAGGACAUUCCUAAGAUUGUGUAGAAUAGGUUUCAGCCGAGCUGGCUUUCCAUGCUUUAACUGACUUUUUGAAGAAUUUCCUAAACAACUCUUUGUGCUUUAUUGUCAAGUCAUUCAGGUGGCAAAUCCACAGCGCUUUCAAGCCCACAUAUUUAGUGGCUUAAAUCUAUGUGCACCGAGUAUCUUUAGGCACCGUGUUGCCUUGUACGAUCCUGUCUGAUAUGAAACAUUUGUUUUUCAAGACAUUUUUCCACGAAGCAAGAGGUAAAGUGAAUAAUAACACACUAGUUGAAUCAACGUUUUUUUCCACGAUGAAAUUACAUGGAACCAACGUGGAAUAGAUGUUGAAUUGACGUCUGUGCCCAGUGGGAAGUUUCUCAUUACAGUCUGACUAUGAAAUGAAUAAAGGCUCUGUGAGAAAAUGUAGAGCAGCGGUGAACUAGAGCUGGCUUGGCUAUGUCACUCUUUGAAAUAAAGCAAUUUACCUGAAGACAGACUGUUAAACAUUUGCAGCUUUAAUCUAAUAUGAACAUUUAGAAAAUCUAAAAAGGAUGGCUUAAAUUUUUUGCUAAAACAUACACUACCGUUCAAAAGUUUGGAGUCACUUAGAAUUGUCCUUGUUUUUGAAAGAAAAUCAAAUUUUUUGUCCAUUAAAAUAACAUCAAAUUGAUCAGAAAUACAGUGUAGACAUUGUUAAUGCUGUAAAUGACUAUUGUACGUAGGUGGAGAAAGCUGAUUUAAAAAAAAAAAAAACUUUUCUGAAACUCGUCAGUCUAUUCUUGUUCUGAGAAAUGAAGGCUAUUCUAUGCGAGAAAUUGCCAAGAAACAGAAGAUCUCGUACAACGCUGUGUACUACUCCCUUCACAGAACAGCGCAAACUGGCUUUAACUAGAAUAGAAGGAGUAGUGGGAGGCCCCAGUGCACAACUGAGCAAGAGGACAAGUACAUUAGUGUCUAUUUUGAGAAACAGAUGCCUCACAAGUCCUCAACUGACAGCUUCAUGAAAUAGUACCCGCAAAACACCAGUCUCGAUGUCAACAGUGAAGAGGCGACUCCGGGAUGCUGGCCUUCUAGGCAGAGUUCCUCUGUCCAGUGUCUGUGUUCUUUUGCCCAUCUUCAUCUUUUCUUUUUAUUGGCCAGUCUGAGAAAUGGCUUUUUCUUUGGAACUCUGCCUAGAAGGCCAGCAUCUCAGUCCCAACUUGCUCAGUUGUGCACCGGGGCCUCCCAGUCCUUGGGGAUUCGAUCUAGCAACCUUUCGGUUACUGGCCCAACGCUCUGACCACUAGGCUACCUGCCGCCCCAAUGCUGUGUAGUACACAGCGUUGUAUGAGCUCUUCAGUUUCUUGGCAAUUUCUCGCAUGGAAUAGCCUUCAUUUCUCGGAACAAACAUAGACUGAUGAAUUUUAGAAGAAAGUUAUUUGUUUGUGGCCAUUUUGAGCCUGUAAUCGAACCCAAAAAUAGUGAUGCUCCAGAUACUCAACUAGUCUAAAGAAGGCCAGUUUUAUUGCUUCUUUAAUCAGAACAGCAGUUUUCAGCUGUGCAAACAUAAUUGCAAAAGGGUUUUCUAAUGAUCAAUUAUCCUUUUAAAAUGAUCAACUAGGAUUAGCUAACACAAUGUGCCAUUGGAACACAGGAGUGAUGGUUGCUGAUAAUGGGCCUCUGUACGCCUAUGUAGAUAUUCCAUAAUAAAUCUGCCGUUUCCAGCUACAAUAGUCAUUUACAACAUUAACAAUGUCUACCCUGUAUUUAUGAUUAAUUUUAUGUUAUUUUAAUGGACCAAAAAUGUAAUUUUCUUUCAAAAACAAGGACAUUUCCAAUUGACCCCAAACUUUUGAACGGUAGUGUGUAUAAAUGUGAAAUCUACAAAUAUGUAAUUGCUUGGAAAGUAGCUUAAAAGACUUGCUAGGCUAGCACUGUUUUCUUUGAGAGUUAUAGUGAUGAUCUGCCACGGAGUGAUCAGUAUCUUAUUUAUGAUAGAUACUCAAUACACGGUCACAACUGUAAGUUGAAACUAAGUGAUUUUAAUUACUGUAUGUCUUGUGUUACAUUUCAGAGAUAAACAUUUGAUCAACCAGUG